AUGGAUUUUCAAGUCUGGGAUUUCCCAGGUCAACUCGAAUACCUUGAGCCCUCCUUUGACCUCGAAGACAUUUUCGGCAGCCUCGGUGCCCUGGUAUGGGUGAUUGAUGCACAAGACGACUAUAUCGACUCGGUGGCACGACUGAACCGUACCAUCUUGACCGUGCAGCAAUAUUACCCCGGGAUCAAUAUCGAAGUAUUCAUUCAUAAGGUCGAUGGGCUCUCCGAUGAGUACCGAACCGACACAUUCCAGGAUAUUGUGCAAAGGAUCUCCGAUGAACUUAGCGACGCCGGCUAUGAAAAUGCCCCGGUACAUUACUACCUCACCUCUAUCUAUGACUAUUCCGUCUUCGAGGCAUUCAGCAAAGUCAUCCAGAAGCUGAUUCCGAAUCUAUCAACACUUGAAAACUUGAUCAACACGCUGGGCAACAACUGUGGCUUUGAGAAGACGUAUCUCUUCGAUGUCCUAAGCAAAAUCUACAUCGCCUCCGAUACACGGCCUGUCGAUAUGGCCUGUUAUGAAAUGUGCUCAGAUUACAUUGAUGUCAUUGUCGAUAUCUCAGAGCUCUACUCGUGGGACCAUGCCGAGCGUCGUCCCAAGGGCGAACAAAUCCAGGAAGCAGAGAGCCAUGUGGUCUUGCACGAUGAGACGAUGAUACAUUUGAUGGAGAUGAACAAGUAUGCGAUGGCCCUUGGAAUCAUUUUGAAGUAG